CAACCCGGGCGCAUGAUUGCCUGAAGCGCAUGCGUGGAGCUGGGCGGACGCCAGAGAGCGGCAGUACCGGGGGGGAGGGAAAGAUGGCGGAUGGAAGCGGCAAGCUGAAGGGACUUCGGGAGCAGAUGGUUGCUGCAGCACAGGCUCAGGCUGAAGAGAGAAGAAAUCAAAGUAGUUCUAGCCAAGUCCCAGUUCAGCCUGCCUUGAUUACAAAAACAACAAAGCCAGUAAUAGAUGGUUCAGCUUUAAGAACAGAUGAGAGGCAGAGAUUAGCACGUGAACGCAGAGAAGAGCGUGACAGACUGAAUGCGACCAAAGAAACACAGUUGCUUGAAAAAGAGAAAAAAGCAAAACUCCAGUAUGAGAAACAAAUAGAAGAAAAGCUGAAAAAGCUGGAAGAACAGAGGCUUAAAGAUGAGCAGAAAAGGGCAGCAGUGGAAGAAAAAAGAAAGCAGAAACUGUUUGAAGAAAAGGAACGUCGAGAGGCUAAUGUACGGAGGACCCUGGAGCGUAGCAGCCAACUCGACCAGCGACAAAAGAGAUGGUCUUGGGGUGGUGGAUCUGUGGCAGAUGGAGAUCUCAAACAUGGUACAACUGGAAAUAGUUCACCUAGUCCUGUAGAUAUAGCUGAAAAAGCCCAUUUCACCACAGACCCUCACAAUGAAGAAAAAGAUGGAUCUGGCGGUAAACGCUCCACCUCAACCACUAACCUUAAACAGGCAGAGAGUGUGAUGCACAAGCGUUUGUCAUCCUCUUCUGCCACCCUUCAAAACCCUGACAGAGGUCCCAAAAAAAGAAGCUCUUCAUUAAGCAGAUUAAGUAAUAAAACUCCUCUAAAUUCACAGCCACACUCACCUAGCGUCUCAAACCUGGAAAAAAAAGGUGGAGCCAACCAGAAGAGAAGUUCAUCCCUUAGCAGACUGGGUAAUAAGCCUUCGACACCACCCCAUGUAGAUAAUGUGAAGAAAGAAGAAAAAACAGCUCAACGUCCCCCAACCAGUCCUUUAGAUGGUAGCAUAAUCAGUCGUCUCCUCGCCCCUACGCAGUCAUCUCUAGCUAGGAGUAAGAGUGCAGCCAUGCUGUCAUCUGAUGGAAAAGAUUUACCAGAAUUUCACCUCUGUCCUCGUUCAGCUUCAGCCACUACCAUCAAUACCCCACCCUCCGUCCCUAAAGGUCCAUUGCGAAGCCGAAGCAUUGACAGAUUGAAGUCACCACAGAAUUCAUCACCUUGUACUGGUACCCCAGUUCCUUCCCAGAAGUCUGAGCAUGAAAAGCAGUCACCGCCUUCUUUGGGAAAACGCCCACCGUCUCCUGCACUUAUUAAUUCUCGAAGGAGAUCGCCGUCUCCUGCCAACACUGCAAAACGAGCGCCAUCCCCAACACUUGAAAGUAAAAAGGUCCAAAAGAACCAUUCUUCAUCUCCAGUGGCGACAAAACAGAAAACUUCCUCACCCUCUGUUACAAAUAAACCUGUUCCAAUUCCACGUCCAUCACUUACACCCAAUGUCUUAAAUGCUGCCAAAAAAAGUGCAGAAACAGAAACCAAACCAAAGGAAAAGACUCAAGAAAUCCUUGCUGAGCCAAAAAGUUUACAGACCUCAGAGAAAGAAAACACCAGUGGCACAACAAAGACCAAAGAUGAAUCCAAUUGUAAAAAUUCUUCAGGAAGCACAACUGCUGAGGAGGCUGCUAAAAUGUUGGCUGAAAAACGACGCCUGGCACGGGAGCAGAGAGAGCGAGAAGAACAGGAAAGGAUUCAAAGACAGCAAGAAGAAAAAGUUAAACAGGAAGAAAUGGCUCAAAAAGCAGCAGAAGAAAAGGCCAAACAGAUAGAAGAAGCCAAAAUAUUAGAAGAAAAGAGGAAACUAGAGACAGAGGAGGAGCAAAGAAAAGCAGAGGAAGAGAGAAUCCAGAAGGAAAUUGAACUACAGGAGCGCUUGGCAGAACUUCAGCAGCAGAAGGAGGAAGCAGAAGCUAAAGCUCUUGAAGAAGCAGAAAAGCAAAGGCAAGAGAGAGAGAAAAUCAUGCAGCAAAAUAUGCAGGAAAGACUUGAGAGGAAAAAGAGAAUUGAAGAAAUCAUGAAAAGAACUAGGAAGACAGAUCAAAUGGAUGCAAGAAAUGAAGAUAGAUCUGGCCUAGAGGAAGAUGAUGAGAUUGAUCUGAUUGAUACAAAUAUGGAUGCAGGGCUAAAUGGAGUUUAUCCAUGUGAGGAAUCAGAUGAACUAGGAAAGACCUGCUUUAUGGAAUCUUCUGCUCUGACUUCAACAGAUCCUUUGUUCUCAGAUGCUUCUGCCCCAGAGCAAAAUGAAUUAUUUAUUAAUGGGGACAAACCAGGCUCUGUGCAGAAAGAGAAUGCACAGGCUUUAGAAACAGUACCUCCAAAUGAAUUCAGUAGCCAUGUGGAUUCUGACACUGCUUUGUCCAGCGAAGCUCAACCCCCAUUUAAUGAAGAUGAUAAAUUAAGGGUAUUGGUAAAUAAUGUCAAUGGGAAAUCCGGCGCAUGGAUGUUUGAGGAGAUUUUUGAUUUAGAAAUCCACUCCAAUUCCACUAGUUUGUCCUCUGAUUCUGUUAACAUGAACCUUUGUAAGAAGAGCUACAUAGAAGAUGCUACUAGUCCAGGUGCUCCAAAGUUGGCCUUUGAAGAUGGGAAAAUGAAUGUUUUAUCCACAGCCAUUGAGUCAGCUGCAGAAAUGUGAAAUCCCAGCAGUGAAACUCCUUAGAUUGCACUUCGCUCUCCAGUAUUUAAUAAAACGCUGAAGCCUUGUCGUUAGAAGCUGCUACUGCAACAUAUUCCUUAUAAAAUUCAAGACUCACCUGGCAAGAGAAGGAACCAAGUUUCAUUUUUAACAUUUCUUCAGGGACAAUUUGUUAGCGACCCUUCUUUUUUUUUUUUUUUUUUUUGUCGUUUUUCAUAUUUACAGGAUAUCGGGGGAUUUUUUUAGAAUGUUAUGUUUCAGUUACUAGUAAUGCAAUAUUACUUGUUCUAUUAGAUAUACGCUGGUAUAUCAGAAAGUACUAACAAACUUGUUUCAUUGUUAACCAAAUCUUGUAAGCACUUAUUAUAAUUUACUGGUCAUCCCAAAGCUAAUGAGAUUUUCUCCAUCCAUUAAUUGUUUUUGCUUUUUUUUUUUUUUUAUUAAAAUUACUAAUGUUCCUGUAGGCUUUAAAAGUGCUCUGAACUCCUCCCCUCCUUUCAGUUAAUGCAUGCACAGUACUGAGUAAGUACACCUUGAGUAAUACAAAGAGAAAUGAAUGUUCACUGGGAAGAGCGUCUUUAGUGACUGUUGGCUUUUUGUCUAUUUUUUUUUGUUUUGUUUUUUAUUUUAAACAUUUCAUUUUGCUAUCCAAAUUUUGUAUUUAAGUUGCAUAUGUAAGUAUUAUUUUAUUGUGUACAUACAAAAGCAGUAUUAUAACAUACUACUUGAGUUCUCUGUUUAUAUUGUAGCAUGUUUUUACAGUGGAUUUCUUUGCAUAUCUGUUCCUGCUAAGACCUGUCCAGAAAAACCAGUUUGGACACACACAGGUAUCCAGCAAUUGAUAAGGAAUUUGUCAUGUGGAGAUUUGUUGUCAAGACACUUUGCAGCAAAUUACUAUAACUACAUCCAGGCAGAUGCUAUUGGUGGGAUGUUUGUAUUUACAGUUACCUCCGCUAUACCUGUAGAGUAUAUGAGCAUCUUGCUAGUGGAGAUAGUCACCAAUAAAUGAGCUUGAGUCUCUUGAACACUGGAUUUCCCAUAAUGUUUUUCAUAGGGACAGCUAUGAUUGUGUUUGUUGCUAAACCCCCUCUUGCCCAUUUAGUUUUGCUUGGAAUUAUCUUUUAGGUGAGUAACUUUUAGUUAACACUGUAGUCAAGUAUCACCAGUGAUGUUGCCCAUAGCAUUCAGCAAUUUGAUUAUGUUUUCUAACUUUUAAGUGAAUAUUAAAAUCUAAUUGCCAGUGAUCACCAGUGAUGUUUGUCUUCAGUGUUAAUACACCCCUUAGUGUGGUGUUUGAAGACAAGUUGCAAUUAGUCUCCCUCUGAGCCAUAAUAAAAUUGGUAGAAAGAUAAGCAAUACAAAUAAUAUUGAAGCCACUGGAAUUGAAACCAUAAAAAUUAAAAAUUUUGGACCAGUUGAAAAGUUGCAUAGAUUAAAUAACAAAAAGUUAACUUAAAAUAUCGCCCCUUUUCAUUUAUGUUUAUAAUCUGUUUGCCAUAUUCAAAAAUAUAUGGCAGUUUCACCCGCUUACCUAUCUGACAGAUAGCAGUGAAGUUGGCAACAACAAUUCUCCAUAUGAGAUAUAAGCUUUUGCCUAGUGGCAGUGAUGCCAUUUAUGAAUAAUAGAUAGAGAGAUUGGAAUCAGAGUACUGUAUUUAAAAAUGGAUACUAAAAAAAAAAAUGUAUACAACCUUAACAAAAAUAUUACUACUGUUUAAAUUUUAUUGCCUAAAACCUCUGUCUUGGUCGUAUGCUUAUGCAGGUAUUUAUUUGUUGAAUGUAUCUCUUUGUUUAAGAUAAAUUUAAUUAAUUUGUAUAUCCCGUUUUGCACCAACAACUAUUUUCUCUGAGCUUGUAACAGCAAAACCUACUGCAGCUGGCCAAACACAUAGAGAUCGAAACUUUUAGCACCAAACAGUUGUACAAACUGGGCCAUACACGCAGUGGCUCACAUUGCACAGAUCAGAGCAUUGUAGCACCAGGGCCAAUAACAUGUCUAUUGAGAGAUAUUAUAUGCUGACAGAUGUGAUUAUUGGCCAGUCCCAAUUUAGCUCCUGAUCAAGGUUAAUAUUUGGUGUUCAGUGACGUCAUUUAGUGUGGAUUCAGCUUUCGGCUUGGUGUGCGGCCAGCUUUACAGUUUAGUAUGAAGAUCCUAAUGGAGCAGUGCCUUAGGUAAACAAAAUGUAUUUUUGUAUAAACGCUGCUUAAUUUUAGCAAAGACAAUCUAACCUAUAAAAUGCUUAUAUUUUGUGUGCAACUGUUACUUGUUAAAUAUUUCUUUACAGCUAAUUAUGUAAAUAUGCGUGUACUGUUCAAUAAACUUUGCAAACUAAAACAA